CAUUCUUCCUUUUUCUCUAGUUUCACCUCCUCCAAUCAAACCCUAAAACUUACUGCUUCAGAAAUCGAUCUUUUCGGCCAUGGCGGAUGUGGAGACGGAGGUUGCGGCGGCCGGAGUGCCCAAAAAGAGAACAUUCAAGAAGUUCAGCUUCAGGGGUGUUGAUUUGGAUGCUCUCCUCGAUAUGUCCACCGAUGAGCUAGUCAAGCUCUUCCCUGCUCGUGCUCGUAGAAGGUUCCAGAGAGGUCUCAAGAGAAAGCCCAUGGCUUUGAUUAAGAAACUCCGCAAGGCGAAAAGGGAGGCUCCACCGGGUGAGAAGCCAGAGCCAGUGAGAACCCAUCUCCGAAACAUGAUCAUUGUACCCGAAAUGAUCGGUAGCAUCAUCGGCGUGUACAACGGUAAGACAUUCAACCAGGUUGAAAUAAAGCCUGAAAUGAUUAGUCAUUACCUUGCCGAGUUCUCUAUUUCAUACAAGCCUGUUAAGCACGGUAGACCCGGUAUCGGUGCCACUCACUCUUCGAGGUUCAUUCCUCUGAAGUGAAGACCUUUCCUCCAGCUUGGAUCCUCUGUAUGUGGUAACUAUGAAAAUUUGUUUUGUUGCACUUUUGGUAAUGAAAAUUUUAUACCCUUGUGGUUGCUCUUUUAGAUAAAUGAGACUUUGGUGCUUUGGACGUUUAA